CACCCCCUCGGUGGGGCCCCUCGUGUGGCAGCAGCGAAUCCUCAGUCAGAUCGCGGACAGCAACGGGGAGAUGCUGCCGUCCAGCACGAAAGAACAAGAGACUUUACUGGAAAACUGGAUAGUUUUUUCAUUUUCGUCAAAACAUGGAUAAUAACGACACGUAUCUACAUCUCAGUUCUUCUUUGCAGGUAACCCACGGCCACCUGAGCUCUCCUCCGUCCCACCCUCCUCUCAGCUCGAUGGUGACCCACCACCACCCGUCCAUCAUCAAUGGCAUAGGAUCACCCUACUCAGUCAUCACCUCUGCAUCGCUGGGCUCGCCGGCCUCCAUGCCCACCACCUCAGGCAUGGGCUAUGGAGCACUCCACAGUCCACAGAUGAACUCUCUAAACAGUGUUAGCAGCUCAGAAGAUAUUAAACCUCCUCCAGGAUUGGCCGGACUGGGGAGUUACUCAUGCGGCAGUCCAGGGUCUCUCUCUAAACACAUCUGUGCUAUCUGUGGAGACCGUUCCUCAGGGAAACAUUAUGGUGUUUACAGCUGUGAGGGCUGCAAGGGGUUUUUCAAGAGAACCAUCCGGAAAGACCUCACGUACACGUGUCGAGAGAAUAAAGAUUGUCAGAUUGACAAGCGCCAGCGUAACCGUUGCCAGUAUUGCCGCUAUCAGAAAUGUCUAGCCAUGGGUAUGAAGAGAGAAGCGGUGCAGGAGGAGAGGCAGCGCGGUCGAGAAAAGAGUGACAAUGAGGUGGAGUCCAGCAGCAGCUUUAAUGAAGAGAUGCCAGUGGAGAAGAUCCUGGACGCUGAGCUCGCUGUAGAACCCAAGACUGAAGCUUACCUGACUGAAGCCAGCACUGACAACACGACAAAUGACCCGGUGACCAACAUCUGCCAGGCCGCUGACAAGCAGCUCUUUACUCUUGUUGAAUGGGCUAAGAGAAUCCCACAUUUCUCUGAACUACCUCUGGAUGAUCAGGUUAUUCUGCUGCGGGCAGGUUGGAAUGAGCUGCUUAUAGCUUCGUUCUCACACCGAUCUGUAACCGUUAAAGAUGGAAUCCUGUUGGCCACUGGCCUGCAUGUCCAUCGCAGCAGUGCUCACAGCGCAGGAGUGGGCUCCAUAUUUGACAGGGUAUUAACAGAGCUUGUGUCUAAGAUGAAGGACAUGCAGAUGGAUAAAACAGAGUUGGGCUGUCUCAGGGCUAUUGUCCUCUUCAACCCAGAUGCGAAAGGAUUGUCAAACCCAUCAGAGGUGGAGGGAUUAAGGGAAAAGGUGUACGCCUCGCUGGAGGCCUACACCAAACACAAAUACACCGAACAGCCGGGCAGGUUUGCCAAGCUGCUCCUGCGUCUGCCUGCUCUGCGUUCCAUAGGGCUGAAGUGCCUGGAGCACCUGUUCUUCUUCAAGCUCAUCGGAGACACGCCCAUAGACACUUUCCUAAUGGAGAUGCUGGAAGCGCCGCACCAGAUCACAUGACACGAGACCCUUUUCUUAUGUAAAUAUCCCCCAGUGCACACUUACCCCGAGACAAUAAAACAAAAAGUUCUUAUUUUUUACCAAGCACAAUGUGAAAAAAGAUUUGUAUUGGUAUUUUCAAAGAAAGAGACACUGUUAACGUUAAAUGUAUGAAUGAUGUAAACAUUUAUUUUGUACAUAGAUUUUACCCACUGUUAUAGCAACAGCGACUAAAUGUGAAUUUAUUUAAUUGAAAGGAGAAUUGUAUAAACAGUCACCAGCAAUGAGUUUGAGAAUCCUGUGAAAAUAAAAGUCAUU